GACACUCGACUCUCCGUUCAUUCUGGCUCAACACUCUAUAAACAACCGAAAACUCAAAAUCAGAAUUUGAUCUUGCUGGAGUGAACUCCUGCUAUGGAAAUAUGUAACCAUAUCCAGGUUCGUCUGUUUUCUCCUAAUUCACCCCUUCAAUUCCGUGUCACACCUCAAAAAUUUUAUUUUCAGAAAGCUUUAAUACCAACAACUCUUUACACUCGACGUCUCAUUUGUAAAUCAUCAUCAGAACUGAAGAAGACGGAAAAAGAACAAAUUUCGGAAUCUAGCAGCACCAAUUCGAUGGUAAUGUGUAUAUUAGGUAUGGGUUUCGUUGGAGAGUUUGUUGGGGAACGAUUAAAGAAAGAGAACUGCUGGAAGGUGUAUGGGACUUGUACGGGUUCAAGUAAGAAGAAGGAGCUUGAGAUGUUGGGAUUUGAUGUUGAGAUCUUCAAAACUGGUGAAACUGAUCUCUGGAGCCUAAAUAGUUUGCAACAGGCUACUCAUCUUCUUGUCUCAGUACCUCCUAUUGUUGGUAUUGGUGACCCGGUGCUUUAUCAUUAUGGUAACCUUCUGAGAAGUAGGCUAAGUGGUGGAAAACUUCAAUGGAUAUGUUACUUAUCAUCAACAAGUGUUUACGGAGAUUGUGGUGGAGCAUGGGUUGAUGAGGAUUAUCCGGCGAACCCUACAAGUGACUCCGCUAAAGCAAGAUUGGCUGCAGAGGAAGGAUGGCUGAGCAUAGUGGAUGAUCUGGGAGUGUCAGUUCAAGUAUUACGACUUGGAGGGAUUUAUGGACCAGGAAGAAGUGCCGUGGACACUAUAAUCAAACAGGGGUCACUGACACAAUCUCAGAGGUUGAGGGAAGGAAAGCAUUACACGUCCAGAGUCCAUGUUGCGGACAUUUAUCACGCAAUUAAAGCCAGUAUUGAGAUUCCAUCAUCCAGGAGAAUAUACAAUGUUGUCGACGAUCUCCCAGCUCCUCGGGCUGAAGUAUUUGCUUUUGCAAGGGAUUUGGUGGAGAAAAGGUGGCCUGGGAAGUUUGAGCUUUACCCUUCUAACAAUAUUUCUGGUUAUAACACUCCAAGGAUCUCAAAAGCGACAAGCGGCAGAGGCGAGAAAAGGGUCCUAAAUGAUCGUAUCAAGAAAGAAUUAGAAGUGAAACUUCUCCAUCCUUCAUACAAGUCUGGACUGGAAGAGAUCAUCAACGUAAUGGAUUGCCCAUCUUAGUGGCGGUAGGGUUAGGCAAUUCAGGCUGCUUUUGUUAAACCUGAGCUAGAAACAAACCCAAUUUAUUAAGCUUUGCUGAGCCAGUUUACAACCCUGUACAUCUAUUAAAAUUAGAACAGUUACCUUCAAAUCAUA